AUGGGUAGCAUGCAGGAACGUAUCACCACCACAACCAAGGGAUCCAUCACAUCUGUGCAAGCUAUUUACGUACCCGCCGAUGACUUGACUGAUCCUGCUCCUGCCACCACAUUCGCUCACUUGGACGCUACCACUGUGUUAUCUCGUGGUAUCGCUGAAUUGGCCAUCUAUCCAGCUGUCGAUCCUCUCGAUUCUACCUCCCGUAUUAUGGAUCCCAACAUCGUCGGACACAAGCACUACGAUAUUGCUCGAGGAGUGCAGAAGAUUCUUCAGGAUUACAAGUCUCUUCAAGAUAUCAUUGCUAUUCUUGGUAUGGAUGAGUUGUCUGAAGAUGACAAGCUGACUGUAUCCCGAGCCCGAAAGAUCCAACGUUUCCUUUCCCAACCAUUCCAAGUCGCUGAGGUGUUCACUGGUCACGCCGGAAAGUUCGUAUCUCUCGAGGAGACGAUCCGAGGAUUCGAGAUGAUUUUGAAAGGAGAGCUCGACCACCUUCCCGAGGUUGCUUUCUAUAUGCAAGGAGGAAUUGAUGAUGUGUUUGCUAAGGCAGAGGAGCUCGCUAAGCAACACAACACAUAG